AUCCCGCGCGAAAUUUCGUAAGCAACGUAAACCGUGCAAGCCAAAAUUGAAGUGACUUAACUCUUUGUCAAGUUUGUGCUACAUUAUUUAUACCGGAAAAACAUAACUGCCUACAGGCUACAGUAAAGUGCUUUUCAUUAUAUUCAAAGGAUCAAAGAACGAACUCAAUGUCUCUCAAGGAUAAGCUCAAGGGUGCUGCUAUUAUCCUUGGAGGGGGUGCUGUUUGUUUCACCGGGAUCAACAUCGCUAAUGGCAAUGAGAAGUUCUACCAUGACUUUGUGAUGCCAGCGUUCCGAUGGGUAGACCCAGAAAGAGCCCACGUCUUGGCAGUGAAAGCCGCAGCUUGGGGAUUGGUGCCAAGGAGCAAGUACAAGGAUUCUUCAAUUCUGCACUGCAAAGCCAUGGGUUUAGAAUUCACCAAUCCCAUUGGUAUGGCCGCUGGAUUUGACAAGCAUGCAGAGGCCAUGAAUGGUCUACUCAAGAUGGGUUUUGGGUUCGUAGAGGUCGGCAGUGUCACCCCUGAACCCCAAGAGGGAAAUCCCAAACCAAGAGUGUUCAGAUUGACCGAAGACAAGGCAAUUAUCAAUAGGUAUGGCUUUAAUAGUGUUGGACAUGACUUAGCUUAUCAAAGACUGAAGGAAAGGCAAGAGCAAGCAGCACAUCUACCUGAAAAUCAAAGAGGCAUAAUUGGCGUCAACCUUGGGAAGAACAAGACCUCUCCAAGUGCGGUCCAGGACUAUGUCAAUGGUGUGAAGAAACUAGGCUGCUUAGGGGACUACCUAGUCAUCAACGUCUCUAGUCCCAACACACAUGGGCUAAGGGCUAUGCAGGGAAGACAGCAGUUAGCAGAGCUUGUUGACCAGGUAGUUGCCAUGAGAGAUCUCUUGCCCUGUACACCUAAACCUCCAGUUCUUGUCAAAAUAGCUCCUGAUUUAACUCAAGCUGAUAAGGAGGAUAUAGCUGCUGUAGUGAUGGCCAAAAAGGGUGCUGUGGAGGGUAUCAUCGUAACCAACACAACGAUAACUCGUCCUGACAGCCUAGUGGGCAAGCAUAAAGGAGAGACUGGUGGUUUGAGUGGUGCUCCUUUAAAAAACAUGUCAACAGCGGCAGUUCGGGAUAUGUACAGAUUAACAAAUGGUAAAGUGACUAUCGUUGGAGUGGGUGGAGUCAGCUCAGGUCUAGAUGCCUAUGAGAAAAUAAGAGCUGGAGCCUCAUUGGUUCAACUCUACACUGCAUUUGCAUAUGAAGGACCACCUCUUCCGUCUAAAAUUAACAGGGAAUUAGAAGAAUUGCUGAGAAAAGAUGGAUUUAAGUCUGUAUCAGAUGCAGUCGGAGCAGACAACAGAUAGCAUCACUUCACACAGAUAUACUUCACAAAGAUAGACAAUAAACUGGAAUACUAAAAUGGCAUAUUUCACUUCUGCAUAUCUGGUUCCUGUAGUACAAAUCUUAAUAAUUGCUUGUACAGUUGAUUUGUAUUCAAUGUAAAAAUGCAAAUAUAAAUCACCUUCAUAAAGUGUUCAUUGAUGUGCUCUUCUAGUCACCUGGGCUAUGCAAUUUAUGCAUCCUGCUAUGUCAGACAUGCUUGCAUAAUAUCUUGCUUUAAAAUUUGCCCAACACUAUAGAAGGAAGGAAAGGUCAUUUGAGAAAAUUUGCCCGUGAGGUAUCUCCAAACGAGUCCAUUCAACCUUGUCUGUGGCCAGCCACAGUAGUUGUCUGAACAAGCCUCGAGGGGCCAAAGUCUUACAAAUAUACUAACCUGUUGGCUAGUUAUGCUAUAACAUUAUUCUGCAGACUCCUCCAGGAAAUGCCUGGGCUUAGUUUUGACUGGGAUUACCUGAUUGUGUACAGAAGAAGUCAUAUCUCUCAUUACCUUUCAGAGCUUAUUUUGGAACACCACUAUUUCUUGCAUGGUCUUUUAAGAAAGGUAUUACAGUAAUAAUUUUCGAUGUCACGUAUGAUGUAGUAAUUACUUCUGAAAACAUGAUUAUGUAAUCCAUAAUGAUCUUAAAUUUCUCCAUGUCCAUGUAUUUUUGUAUAAAGAUAAUUUUUGGUGGUCUCCAAAAACACAGGUUCCACAGUAUUAAUUUUAGAUAUUACCAUGUGCUAAUUGUCAAUACCUCAUAUGUAUACAAGAAAUUAAAGCCAUAUUUACCUUGAAGGUCUACAUAUCCAUGUAUAUUUGUAUAAAGGUCAUUUGUGUGGUCUUCAAAAACACAGGUUUCACAGUAUUAUUCUUAGAUGUCAUAAGGUAACGAGGUAAUAGUAAUUACUUCUUAGAACUUGUGUAAAAGAAGAAAUUUUGUUUGUAAUGACUUUAAAGGUCUACAUGAAUUUUUUUGUGUAUGAUCUUUAAAAACAGGUUUCAUGGUAAUAAUUCUAGAUAUCACUUAUGAGGUAUAAGUAAAAAUAUCUUUUUUAAAAAGAUAAAUGCCAGUUGUAACAAAUUCAAAGUGAGCUCGUACUGAAUCCAAUAAAAUGACCACAAAGUGUCUGCAUAUGUGCCAAGGGAUUCUGGAACUGGAAGAAAUCAUGUAAUUACUGAGAAAUUUGCAAAAUAAACAUGGCAUUCCAGCCAAAUGUCAGGGCUUUUUUCAAGCAAUAGUAAUACACUGCCCCAGGGUUCUAGCUAGACCAAUUAAGUGCCAGGUAAAAUAUGAAGAGGCGAAGCUUCGAAGUGAGUCUAUUGGCAAAACAAUGCAUGCAUAAUUUUAAUUGUGCAAACACAUAAGACUUUACCAACUUGAAAUACAUAUUCAGAAAAUUUUAGUUCACUUUUUCAGAAAAUUUGUGCCUGGUGGCACAUCAAAUUUUAACCCAAUAGCCAGUCGGUAAUUUGCCUUGACUGGUGGCUCUACCCGGCAUACUUGAACCCUGCACUGUCCCAUACGUGCUUAUCUGUUUAUGCAAUCUCCGAAAAUUGUAAUUGUACCAGAUCGAGAUCUGUGAUGACAUAUUAAGAAUUAACAUUGUUUUUACAAUUUACAGGUUUUCUCAUGAAAUCAUUGUUUACUGCAACUGCAUUCAGUAAUCUUUAAAACUUUGUUUUGUUAAAAAAUGAAAUUCAAUCUCUCAGGGCCUUUAAGGUCUAUACAUUGGUAUAAAAUCAUGUUUGUGCGGUCCUUGAAAUCAGGCUUCACAUUAAUAAUUCGAGAUGUCACUAGUAAGUAAGAAUAUAUAACAGUUUUAGUAAUAGUAUCCAUGAUGCGAAUGAUCUGAAUGAAAUUCAAGGUAUUUAUAGAAUUUCAGAGAAUAGGUGACUUAUAUUUUCAUUGUCUUUUUUGUAUUGAGACAUAAUUUUAUAUGUAUGUUCUAUGGGUAUGUCUAGGAAUAAUCUUAAUUUUUUUUUAGAAAAAACCCCACAGAAAUCAGGUAAUGAAAUUUGCUGGACAGUUGAUGGGCAUAUUGUUUGUGUCAAAACAUAAAGAGGUUUUUUGUACAUGUAUUAUGUGGUGCUUUUGUAACACCAAAUGUAUCAUUUUCUCAAAGUUGCAAUUAAUGAUACUGCGCACAUUAAGGCAGUGUGUGACAUAUAAGGUACUGAGUUGGCUCAGUUGGUUAAGCAUCUGCCUUUGGAAUGAAAGAUUGUUAGUUCAAGGCUUCUCCAGACAUGACUCAAGAGUAUGUUGUGUGUAGCUUUUACACAAGGCCCUGUGUCGGUAUUGAUAUUUAUAUCAAAUAUACCAAAUGAAAAAAAACUAUCCGAUAAAAGGCAGGGUGAAUAUGAGCAAUGCGAGCUCAGCCACAGGGCCUUUAAGAACCUGACUUGGAUUUCCCAUUUUAAUCAUUGUUUCUGACGCGCAAUUAGUACCUGGAGGUAACAGCCAAUCAUUGAGCGUAUUGUUCGCAUUAAUGAACCCCCAUACCACAGAAGUGAACAUUCGGGGGCCCCGAUAUCAUGAGCAUCAACGGUGCAGAUUGGCACAUCGGCAUGCUCAUGAAUGAUUCAUUCAUUAACAUUUCCGCCAGAAUCAAAAAGGCCUAGUGACUGAAGUUGCUCGAUAGCAUGUUCACCCAGGUUUUGCCAACUCAUCAUCGACCGCGAAACUCAUCUCAGCCACUUUUUGAUGAGGAAUAUGGCCAAGUGAUGAGGCCUUGUCCAAAGGCUACAUUGUGUGCUUAUGUGUCCCUCCCAUUUCCAUAGACACACGUUACAGUGGAACCACUCUUCCCUUGAAAAGGUUGCCAUAUAUAAGGGGUCCUCACCUUUGCAUCUUAAGAUCCGGUGACACGACAUUUGCUCCUGCUACCAUUACUCCAGGCUUAAUAUCGUCUAAAGAUUUAGGGUUUCAAUAGGGUUUUGUUAGGUUUAGGGUAGGGUAUAGUGUUUUAAGUUGGUCAUUCGAUUAGUGUGUGGAAUUUAGAGCGGAGCAAUUGUUGCCGGAGCAAAUUUCAUGGAACCUAAGAUCCUACAGCACUAUUCGUGUAAGGAUAGGGGUUAACCCAGGUGUAGUGGUUUACCUGUAUACCACCAAUCAGCUAUAUCGGGAGACCUGUGGGUCACAAUGAUUCAGUUCACUUUUCACCUCCCAAGCACGGGUGAUGCCAAACAAAUACGUGAUACAAUCUACCAAAAUGGGAAAGAGACAUUCACUGUUAAGGUGCAGCUCAAAAGUAAGAGAAAAGGUUUUUGUCAAGCAAUAAUGAAACCAUUUCGUCCAAAAAUAAUUGUACCCUUCUAUUCUUAUAGAUACUGCCUAUCUCUUCAUCAUUAUCAAUGUCAUUUCAGGUUUAAUUUCAGUAUUAGAAGAAAAUGUUUUGUUGUUGACAUUUAUUGGAAUUGGAUGAAUGUAUGGUAACAUAUAAUACUGUUUAUUUAAGAAACAUGAAAUGUUACUGUAAAUUUAAAUAUGAGAUUGUUUUUUUAUAGCUCAAAGCGAAAAUACAACAAUGUCAUUAAAUGAAUGAAUAAAAAACACUUCACCUUUCAUUUUCCUUUAUCUUGUCUGAGUAGUACAGUGUAUAAUCAUGUUCUAUAGAUCAAGAAAGCCGUCAGAAAUUAAUUACUUAUACAGUACAACUAAUAAAUGUAAAACCUUGCCUUGUCACCC